CACAGGGCGUAGCGGUGUAAGAAAAGACGGUCGAUUGGCCUUCGAUUCAAGGGGAUUAGUGCGAGGUGAGGAAAUUCGACGACAGCUCAAGAGCUUGACAAAGACUGGAGAAAAAGCAACGAUUUUGAUCCAGGAUAAGCCCAUCAGUCAAUAGAUUACAAAAAUAGCCUGCCGAGAGACCGCCGAGAGGGAGCGGGAUCAAUACUGCACAACAUUCACCCACCUGUUGAUAUGGUUCAGGUCGUUCGCCGCGGUCGUGUGCAGCCUUUGUGGUCUCUCACGCAGUGGAAACACUCAGAGUACUGCUAGACUGAGAAGGUUCCUGGUCUUCAUGCCUCUCCAGCACAAACUAUAAAAUGCGCAAACGACACGAUCUCCCCACUCACGUCCCUAUUACCGGAGGUUAUGCCAUCGCAGUCCCGCGCCGCCUCCGCUCUCGGCAUUGUAUUGUCCUCGCCCUAUCGACCUUCGGAUUCCUCGUCUGCGUCUACCUCUUCAGCGCACCGGACCCAUAUCCGCUCGUCGACCUACCUGUAUUUUACGUACCCCCGCAAGCGCCAGUGCCGGACCCUCCGGCCCCUGUUCUGCUACACGGCAAACGCUACCAUGCCUUCACGGGGCUCAGCGCUGAGGAUGCCCUGCCCGACGCGCACGUCCGGCCCAUACGAGCACACGAGCGGAUCAGCGACGAGUGUUUGGACGUAUGGGUGAGUAGCGGGAAAUGGCAGCUGCCCUGCACGCGGGAGAUGGUACAGGACGCGCGGAUUGAUUUAGUAUAUCUCUGGGUCAACGGCUCCGACCCACUGCAUGUCUCGGCACGGGCGGUCCUCCAGACAGAGCUCGGGUUCAAAGCCGAGGACGCGCGGUACCGCGAACACGAUGAGCUCAAGUAUGCGCUGCGCGCUGCUAGGAUCGGGACGCAGCACUGGAUCGGCUCGCGUUGGCAUAUCGUCACGAACGACGUGGCGGAUCCGCAACAUCCUGAUAAGCGCUUUGGUCAGCUUCCGCAGUGGCUGGACGUCCAGUGUGCGAUUGAAGGACAUAAUGCGACCGCUAGUACCUUGGGGCAGCCGCCGAUUUUGGUGCAUCAUGACAAUGAACUCUUUCGAUAUACGCCGACCGGCGGUACGACUGUGGACUCGGAUAAGUGGCUGAAACGAGUGUUACCGAGUUUCAAUAGUCAUGCUGUAGAGUCUCAACUCGCACACCUAGACCCUGACGUCGUUUCGGAGAACAUUGUAGCUCUCAAUGACGAUCAGAUGAUAGUCCGACCACUGCCGCCCUCCGCAUUCCACUCUCCACUCUAUGGCCCAGUGUUCCGCUUUGACGGUCAGCUCUUUGUGGGUGGCGACUCGACAGGUGCGGGAGAUGCUAGCGGCGAAUGGCGCUCGAUUCCCUGGAGUAACCAUGUCCUGGAUACACGUUUUGGCGAACGCAAACGAGCCUACAUACAACACCACGCGCGUGCGCUCUCACUCCCGUUGCUGCACGAAGCUUCACUCGCGUUCGGUGCUGAAUUCGCACACACGCCUCUGUCACGCUUUCGAGGGUCGCAUGACGUCCAUGGCGAAUGGGAGGUGAACACGAUGUUCUUCGCGUCGCAUUACGUCGCAGAGCGCCAUCGCGAGGCUCUGCUGUGGUCCUGGAUCGUCGGAAAGUGGGGAGGCAGGACCGAGGGGCGGCUUGACGAGUCUACAAAAGAGCUAAUGUGGUCUGAGGUCGGCGGGAAGGGGCGAAAGCGGAAGGAUGUCCAGAUAUGGUCUGUGGGCCGUUCGUAUAUCGAUGUCGAGGACAACAUGAAGAGGGCUGGCCUGCAAGGCCCGGCUACUGGACGGAGUGGGGGGAAUCCGCAGGUCGGAAGUCAGUACGGCUGGGUGUCUAUGAAUGGAUUCUACCAGAGCUGGAGGCAGAUCCCGAAUCAGGAACCGAACGUGCGAGGCUUCAUUACCUUCAAUGAAUGUAUGAAGCCGACGACCGAGUCCGCAUGGGCAUUGUUCCGGCGCUUCGCAACGGUGGACACUCAUUGCGGAGACAUUGGUACUCUUCCACCCCAUCUCUCUCUGUGUCGUAUGCUCAAGUCUCUGCCAGUCAUCUCCAAACUCGUUCAAUCGCAAAGAAGCGGUCUCGGGGUCUUCCUACCUGACGUUCUCAAUCGCAACACCACCUCUCAACGUGUCGUGCCCAACCCGCUCACUCUUCCCCUCGUCGUCAGCUCCACCCCGGUCCCGCUGCCACCCGACCCCCGCCUGUUCGCCGUUCGCCUGAUCCACCGCUACUCGUACGCCAUCGGUCGCUCUCCGGACCAGUUCGUCCGCUUGCUCAAGCCCAAGCAAGCCGAGUUCCAGCUGCGCAACCUCGCUAUGCGCAAGCCUGCGCUCAUUUGCAUCAACGACGAUUUCGGUGACGACGAGGAGGUCGUCAGAGAGGGCGAUAAGGUGCUGAGGAAGUGGCUGCAGGAGAAGUGGCCUGAGCCGUUGGUCUGCGAGCUGUAAUACGCUGCCGUGUGAAUGUAAAAUGUAUCGCGAGGAUCUAAUCACAUGUAUGUCAGUCUUGGUGAACUCGGACACGGAACUAGUCAGAGCGUAUUAGAAUUUGUAAAAAGUAACCUUCUACAAAAAAUCUAUCAAAUGUCGCUUAAA